UGAUUCUUUUUCAAGAGAGAAAGAGAAACAACUAUUAUAUAGCCUAGCGAUCGCAAAACUUCCAUACAAUAGGAUUCUUUGUGGUACCGUGUGCCCUUAUAUAAUCGAAAAAUGGCUAAAGAAAGAAUUCACAUAAACGUAGUAAUAAUUGGCCAUGUGGACAGUGGUAAAUCUACCACAACAGGCCACCUCGUUUAUAAAUGUGGUGGCGUGGAUCCAAGGACCAUCGAGAAAUUUGAGAAGGCUGCAACACAGAUGGGUAAGAGUUCCUUUAAAUUUGCCUGGAUUUUGGAUAAACUAAAGGCGGAGAGGGAGCGUGGGAUUACAAUCGAUAUUUCCCUGAUGAAGUUCAACACGCACAAGUUCUCAAUUACCAUCAUUGACGCGCCAGGACAUCGGGACUUCAUAAAGAACAUGAUCACGGGGACAUCUCAGGCUGAUGCCGCGCUACUGGUGGUGUCAGCAGCUAAGGGGGAGUUCGAGGCGGGCAUCUCCAGGAAUGGACAGACAAGGGAGCAUGCCCUGCUGGCCUACACGCUUGGGGUCAAGCAGAUGAUCGUUUGUGUCAACAAGAUGGAUGUGACGGAGCCGCCUUACAGCCAGAAGCGCUUCGAGGAAGUAGUCCGUAAUGUGACAGUUUUCAUCAAGAAAAUCGGCUAUGAUCCCACAGCUGUUCCUUUUGUCCCAGUGUCUGGCUGGAACGGUGAAAACAUGCUGGCUCCUUCUCCUAAGAUGCCCUGGUUCAGAGGGUGGAAAAUCAAACGAAAGGAAGGAAAUGCAAAUGGUAGAACCUUGCUGGAGGUCCUGGACUCCAUUUCUCCCCCAGUGCGAACUAUAAACAAGCCCCUGCGACUGCCCCUGCAAGAUGUCUACAAGAUUGGAGGCGUGGGCACGGUUCCUGUGGGGAAAAUUGAGACGGGCGUGCUGAAGCCAGGCAUGCUAUUGACCUUCUCCCCUGCUAAGCUCACCGCUGAGGUGAAGUCCAUUGAGAUGCACCACCAGGGCCUCCAGACCGCCCUGCCGGGUCAUAACAUUGGCUUCAACAUCAAGAAUGUGGCCGUUAAGAAUCUGCGACGUGGGGAUGUGGCUGGCAAUGCCCAGCAUGACCCUCCCUCAGAUGUUUCCAGCUUUACCGCCCAGGUGAUCAUUCUUAACCACCCUGGCAUGAUCAAGGCUGGUUACUCCCCGGUGCUGGACUGCCACACUGCUCACAUCACCUGCCGUUUUGCUGAGCUGAGGGAGAAGAUUGAUCGCCGGACAGGGGCGAAGCUCGAGGACCGCCCUCAGUUCUUGGUGUCUGGGGAUGCCGCUACGGUCAAGCUGACACCCAAUAAGCCCCUGUGUGUGGAGAGCUUCUUCAGCUACCCUCCUUUAGGUCGUUUUGCUGCCAGGGACUUGAAGCAGACCGUAGCAGUUGGUGUCAUCAAAUCUGUGGAGAAAAAUGAUCAAAGCCCAAAGAAGUCUGCACAGAAGGGCCAAAACCUAAAAUGAACCACUUGUGUAAUGUUUCACAUUAAUCCAGAAUGGAUAACAAAAGUUUAAGUUGUUUGUAUUGGUGCUGCUAUAUUGUAAAAAGCUGCCUGUUAAAGAUUGUUUUUUCCUUUUUCCUGAGGGUUCCAAUAAUUUACUGCUCAGUUGGAUGUUAUCAUAAAGGGUUCAUGGAAUAAAGUUGUGCAAAGCCAAAAUGCUA